GCGGAAGCGGGCUGAAUGAUGUGGCUGCAGUCGGUGUUGGUGCCUCUGCUCAGGCUUUACAUGUGUGGGAUCAAAGUUCUCCUCUAUCAGAUGUUCAACAAGUGUUUUAUGCUGCCAGGUCCUGUGUAAGUGAAGCACCCAGGUGGAUUGCUCUCCAAAGGAGAUGAUGGAGGGUAAAAGUUCAGGACCAUCAUGCUCUGGCCUCAAUCUUGUUGCACAUCCACGGGCAAAAAGCAAAGUGUGGAAGUACUUUGGCUUUGACACCGAUGCAGAUGGCUGCAUACUGCACUGGAAGCGGAUAUACUGUCGCGUAUGCAUGAGCCAGAUUGCAUACUCCGGGAACACCUCCAACCUCUCGUACCACCUCGAAAAGAACCACCCUGUAGAGUUCAGCGAAUUCGUGAAAAGCAACACGGAUCAGAUGCGUGAGGCGUUCGCCACAGUGUUCUCCAGGAUAAAGAGUGAACCCAGCGGUCCACAUGUUCAGCAGCAGCCUCACGAAGUCAGUUUGAGGCAGAACGUAGACUUUGAAAACAGGCGACAUAAUGAUCUGACAGCAGCUGUCAUCAGCUUCGUCUGUCAGGGUUUGUACCCCGUUUCUGUCGUUGAGGAACCAACUUUCAAGAACUUAAUGAGUACCGUCGAUCCUGGAUACUCUCCCCCGAGCAAAAGAGACCUUGCAGGAAAAAUGGUUCCUGACCUGUAUUGCCGAACCAGGGAUUCAGUAUUUCAUGAUCUUGCUGCAGUCAUAAACUGCGGCGUCACUACGGAUCUCUGGCAAAGCCAGACCCAGAACCGAACCUACAUUUCACUCUCCUUGCAUUCGGUCAACUACAACAGUUUAGCCGGCUUUACCAUGAUUGACAAGUGCCUCAAAACGUUUGAGGUACAAGAAGACAACACAGCGGAGAACAUCACCAGAGCAAUGUAUGAAGCCUUCGUGGAGUGGGGGAUAACUCAUAAGGUGAGCGGCGCGACCACCAAUGGUUCAGUGGACAUAGUAAAGGCAUGCUCGCUCCUGGAGCUGUCGGUGGAGAUGCCUUGCUUCGGACACACCAUCAACCGUGCCGUGGAUGAAGCCUUCCAACUGCCUCGCCUCGACGGCUUCUUGGGACGCUGUCGCAGACUUGUGGAUCACUUUGGAGAACCGGGAAUGUUCAUCCUGAAGGAAAAGCAGAAGCAGCACGGCCUCUCUCCGUGCUCACUCAUCACGGACAGAGGGAGGUCGUGGUUAGCCACGUUGGCGAUGUUGCAGAGACUGAAGGAGCAGCGAGUUGCCAUAACGGCAACACUCCUAGACGUUCCCAGCAGCCACCUUUUCAGCUUAGAUGACGCCGAGUGGUCGUUGAUGGAGGGCUUGAUUGGACUACUUCAACCCUUUAAGGUCAUAGCAAACAUGAUCACUUCUUGCAGAUACCCGACCAUCAGCCUGGUGAGGCCUGUGCUUCAUAUGUUGCUCAACACCACCCUGAAGGCCAUAGAAGGUGACCUCAAGGAGAUCAGCAUGGCCAAGGAUGUGAUCUCCAAGGUUCUGUCUUGCUCAUACUUACAAAACUCACAAUCCCAAGAGAUCUCUAUGUUUCUAAACAUCGCCUCGUUCUUGGAUCCGCGAUACAAGAAACUGCCAUUUCUUUCCGUUCAGGAACGAUCCGAAGUUGAGACUAACAUCAUCGAGGAGGCCAAAGUCAUCCUGGAGAAGCAGAUGUCGGAGCGGUCCUGCCUCGAUGAGUUCUCCUUCGUAAAUGACGAGCCACCCACCAAGAAGUCGGCUCCCCUCCGAGAGUCUUUGACCACCACCUCGACCCAGGAAAACCCGCUGGCUGCCAUAUUCUGCCAGUCCAACGCCGACCAGAGUCAUGAAGAGCUGCAUGCUCAGGUGGUGGAAGAGCUGAGCAACUACAAGUCUCAGAGGGUUCUGGGUCUGAACGAGGACCCGUUGCUUUGGUGGACAAGUCAUGCACUGUUGUUCCCAACGCUUCCGAAGGUGCUCCAGAAGUACUGGUGUGUUCCGGCCACCAGCGUUCCCUGUCACAGGUUGUUCAGCUCGUCAGGCGCUGUUCUGUGUGGGAAAAGGAACCGCAUCGCUCCGGCUCUGGUGGACCAGCAGGUCUUCCUGUACGAGAACUUGCGGAGCUACCAUGAGCCAGAACCCUGCGAUGAUGAUUUGGACCGUGAUGGUGAAGGCAGCAGCUGUGGGGGUCGGACAGCUGAGUGAGAGAGUGUUCAGAGUUUUUAUAAAUACUUUUUUUUGUUUGUUUGUGUCACUUAUGGAAACAUUUACCAUGAAAAAAUUGUGUAAUUCUAUGAAGAAAAGAGUUUUCAUUUUAGAUCAGAUGGUAAAUACCAGGGUUUACUAACUCUGGCCCUCAUAGGACACCGUCCUGCAGGUUUUUGACAUUUCCCUGCUGAUUCAAAUGAAAAGGUUCUCCAACUGCUUGUUGUCCAGUUCUGCACAAGCUUUCUAAUGGCCCAUUGAUUUAAAUCAGGUGUGUUGCAGUCGGAAACAUCUAAAACCUGCAGAACACCGGCCCAAGACAUCUGGAGUUGGUUUAUAUACGAACAUGGAUCGUUUAUGCAAUGAAAAAUAACAUACUGUAUAUGUAACAAUAACUUUGUCCUGUGCUGUUUAUUGAAGAAAACCGGUCAUUUUUAGUCACAUUUUAAUUACAUAAACUGUAGAAUUUUUAUAUAACUGCAUCUUUUGAUCUAUAUAUUAUUCUUUUGGGGCAUUUAGUUAUUUGAUGUUGCUUUUUUCUGUUUUCUGCUUGCUUUACAUCUUUAUGAGUAAUAAUUAACGCCAUUGACACCUUCACAAAUGAAGAUAAAAAUGAAGCUGCUAUAGAUAAUCUUUACAGGUCUGUUUACUAAAUCAAGUUUACUGAAGUAAAUACAACCCGUACAAAUAAAUGGACAUAAAAAAAGUUUUCUGGUCACAUCAUUUAUUAGCUCAUAUUUGUUUAUUAA